AUGAUUCAUGGUCCGCUCGGUAGCCAAAGCACACAAGGUGACAAGUCCGAAGGAUAUUGUCACAUUAAAUUCAACAAGAAAAAAGAUAUUGUGGGGUCACCGGAAGCAGAGUUGCGAUCGACGAUACGAAGAUCGGAGAUCGACGGACUGAGGUUAUCGGUCGGCCAAUCGGAUCCUUCCGGGAUGUCCAAGUUGGUAAAAGGGGAUUCCUUCGCGGAGAAUUACUACGAUUACGGGCUCCUGGACCGAAGUAACUACGUCCGGGCUAUGAACUCUACGGGAUAUAACUACGAAGCCGGCUCAUCGGCCGUCUUUCGAAGCAUCCUGACCAUACUGCUCAGGGUCGGGUUUCUUCUCGUUCAAAUCGGCAGCGUUCCCGUGAGCAACGUGAACCUCAUCCUCCUCCACCACAUCGUUGACUUCUGUGCCGUUACCCUGGUCUACAUCCUUGUCGGUUUCGUCAUCGCCUUCAACGGCGACGUUUCCGGCGCCGUCGGAGAAGGUGUCUGGAUCGGAGACGUCAGGGCGAACAUGAACGACGCGAUCCUGGGCUGGGAGGCGGCGGUGACGGCUUCAGCGAUUUGCACCUGCGGGAUAGUCGGCAGGAUGCAUGCGGUCGGGUACCUGCUCACGGCGAUCCUGAUCUCGGGAAUGGUCCAGCCGUUCCUGAUCCACUGGGCCUGGACUCCGCGAGGUUGGAUGGCCGACAAUUCGCUGACCGGGAAGUCCGUGUCCUUCAAGGACUACGGAGGCGGAGGAACGGUCCACGUGGUUGGUGGUCUCUCGGGAUUUCUGGGCUGCGCGACGUUGGGUCGAAGGAUACUGAGACUCCGGGACAUAGACGACGCCAGUCUGCCCACCGAUUCUCCAGGAAGCGCUUUCGCCGGAUACCUCUUGAUAUUCCUCGGCCUCCAAGGAUUCGGUUUGCCCAUCUCCGACCAUGGCAACUCCAAGGCACCGCCACCCGGCACGUCCUACAUCCUGAUAAACAACUUACUCGCAGCCUCAACUUCUUCCCUCUUCGUCGUGGCCCUACACUUCGCCCUGAGCCGAGAGGCGUUCAACUACUGGACCGUGACGCGCUGCAUCCAGGGCGGAAUUUCCGGUAUAGUUGCAAUCGCCGCCGGCGUCGACCUCUACUCGCCCUUAGUCGUUGUCGGCAUCAGCUGCGCCAGUGGUCUCGUAUUUUACUUGGUCUCGAGGCGAGUUUACCGCAGCGCCCUCGAGGACUACUGCAACAUCGUCGCCACCCAUUUGGCCUGCGCCCUCUUCGGCAGUUUCCUUGCUCCACUCUGCGGCAGGCCAAGAGGCAGCGACGCCGUAAAUCACACAAUGGUGCUCGACGUGGCCUGGCAGGUAAUAUGCAUCUUGGCCUUGAUCUCGACCGUGGCAGUGACCAUGUGGCCGCUAUUCGUUGCUCUCGAGGUCUGCGGCUUCCUCCGGAACCGAUCCGAAUUCAUCAACCACCUCAGGGCGAUAACCGCUCUCGAACGUGGACCACCCAGAUCCUACAUGCAGAGACUCUUCUUCCCCGGCAUUGAGAGUGUCUACUUGCAGCCAGGGUCAGCGAUCAAAAGUGAACCAGGGCCGCAGGCAAUGAGUCCGAGGAUGUGGAGGUAUCAGCAAGAGAUUGCCAGACUGGAGCAGACCAGAACGAAGCAGACUGCUAACGCGGAUUUGGUUGGAGGUACCGAGGCGUCGGUCGCUGUUCCGGCAACUAGUCCGACGGAUAAAAAAGUUAAGAAGGUCAGGCAGAUUUACACUCUUCCGGGAAACAGCGUUUCCGGACACGUCGAGGUUGGAGGAACUGGAGAGUCCUUGGAGAACGAAAGUCGUCCUAUUAAGCAGGGUCUGCUUGAGGUGGACGAUAUCAUGUCGAAGGUGCUGGUUGAGGGUGGCAAAAAUGUGCCGAAAGACGCGGACAACCUUCAGAUUGUUUUUCCCGGAAAUUCUGCCAGCGGUCAAAAAUAUCGUUUGAGUAAACAGCUCGGCACUUCGUUGCACAGGACACAGAAGUUCACAAGUCUACAUUCUGCAGAGCCCCAUUGUUCGGAAGAAAAACAAACUUCUGAUGAUCCAACCGUCUGGCCACCGUCGGAUUUUACAGUUAAGGUUCUUAUGGAACCCAGACGAGAAAUAAACUGUUCCAGUGACUCCGAUGAUGAAGUUGCAGUUACGGAACCGUUUGAAAAUCUCAAUCAAACCGUCUGA